AUGAGCUGUGUGAUUCUCGCCGUUGGGGUUUAUUUGACACGCGCGCUCCGCGGCGGUAAUGAGCGGAGCCAGGCGGCUUCUCCGCUUGACAAUGCGUUUCCGCAGACCCCUGCGCGCGUCGGAGAGAGGGGGCUGCCUGCCAGGGUGAUGUGCCCGCGGCUCCCAAUGCGCGUGGCGCGCGAGUGCGGGGACUCCCUAUGGGCUGUGUCUGCGCGGAUCUCUAACUAUGGGUCGCGUGUGCGGGUGAGUGGGUCUGAAUGGAGGGUACACCCAGGUCGUGUGACACUCGGGCCCUUCCGGGUGGCCCAGGCCGCAUGGUGGGGAGCGGGGCCGAGCCCGCUGAUCCAGCUCACGCUCCCUCCCCCCGCAGGACCGGCCAAGGAGUGCGAAAAGGAUCAAUUCCAGUGCCGGAACGAGCGCUGCAUCCCCUCUGUGUGGAGAUGCGACGAGGACGAUGACUGCUUAGACCACAGCGACGAGGACGACUGCCCCAAGAAGACCUGUGCGGACAGUGACUUCACCUGUGACAACGGCCACUGCAUCCACGAGCGGUGGAAGUGUGAUGGCGAGGAGGAGUGUCCUGACGGCUCCGAUGAGUCCGAGGCCACUUGCACCAAGCAGGUGUGCCCUGCAGAGAAGCUGAGCUGUGGACCCACCAGCCACAAGUGUGUACCUGCCUCAUGGCGCUGCGACGGGGAGAAGGACUGCGAGGGUGGAGCGGAUGAGGCCGGCUGUGUUACCUUGUGCGCCCCGCACGAGUUCCAGUGCGGCAACCGCUCGUGCCUGGCCGCCGUGUUCGUGUGCGACGGCGACGACGACUGCGGUGACGGCAGCGAUGAGCGCGGCUGUGCAGACCCGGCCUGCGGGCCCCGCGAGUUCCGCUGCGGCCGCGAUGGCGGUGGCGCCUGCAUCCCGGAGCGCUGGGUCUGCGACCGCCAGUUUGACUGCGAGGACCGCUCGGACGAGGCAGCCGAGCUCUGCGGCCGCCCGGGCCCCGGGGCCACGUCCGCGCCCGCCGCCUGCGCCACCGCCGCCCAGUUCGCCUGCCGCAGCGGCGAGUGCGUGCACCUGGGCUGGCGCUGCGACGGCGACCGCGACUGCAAAGACAAAUCCGACGAGGCCGACUGCCCACUGGGCACCUGCCAUGAGAACGAGUUCCAGUGUGGGGAUGGGACAUGUGUCCUUGCAAUCAAGCGCUGCAACCAGGAGCAGGACUGUCCGGAUGGGAGUGAUGAAGCUGGCUGCCUACAGGGGCUAAACGAGUGUCUGCACAACAAUGGCGGCUGCUCACACAUCUGCACUGACCUCAAGAUUGGCUUUGAAUGCACGUGCCCAGCAGGCUUCCAGCUCCUGGACCAGAAGACCUGUGGCGACAUUGAUGAAUGCAAGGACCCAGAUGCCUGCAGCCAGAUCUGUGUCAAUUACAAGGGCUAUUUUAAGUGCGAGUGCUACCCUGGCUAUGAGAUGGACCUGCUGACCAAGAACUGCAAGGCUGCUGCUGGCAAGAGCCCAUCCCUAAUCUUCACCAACCGGCAUGAGGUGCGGAGGAUCGACCUGGUGAAGCGGAACUAUUCACGCCUCAUCCCCAUGCUCAAGAAUGUCGUGGCACUAGAUGUGGAAGUUGCCACCAAUCGCAUCUACUGGUGUGACCUCUCCUACCGUAAGAUCUAUAGGAGUGCCAAUGACCAGGGGCUGGACCUUGUGUUGCACCUGCCACAUCCUGUCCCUCACAUCAUAGAGUUACACCCAGCCCAACCCCAAUCCAUUGUGGAUCUGUCAGGGUUCAUGUAUUGGUCUGACUGGGGGAACCAGGCCAAGAUUGAGAAAUCUGGGCUCAACGGUGUGGACCGGCAAACACUAGUGUCAGACAAUAUUGAAUGGCCCAACGGAAUCACCCUGGAUCUGCUGAGCCAACGCUUGUACUGGGUAGACUCCAAGCUACACCAACUGUCCAGCAUUGAUUUCAGUGGAGGCAACAGAAAGAUGCUGAUCUCCUCCACUGACUUCCUGAGCCACCCUUUUGGGAUAGCCGUGUUUGAGGACAAGGUGUUCUGGACAGACCUGGAGAACGAGGCCAUUUUCAGUGCAAAUCGGCUCAAUGGCCUGGAAAUCUCCAUCCUGGCUGAGAACCUCAAUAACCCACAUGACAUUGUCAUCUUCCAUGAGCUGAAGCAGCCAAGAGCUGCAGAUGCCUGUAAGCUGAGUGUCCAGCCUAAUGGAGGCUGUGAGUACCUGUGCCUUCCUGCUCCUCAGAUCUCCAGCCACUCUCCCAAGUACACGUGUGCCUGUCCUGACACAAUGUGGCUGGGUCCAGACAUGAAGAGGUGCUACCGAGCACCUCAAUCUACCUCAACUACGACGCUACCCUCUACCACGAGGACAGGACCUGCCACCACAAGAGCCCCUGGGACCACCGUCCACAGAUCCACCGACCAGAACCACAGCACAGAGACACCAAACCUGGCAGCUGCAGUCCCAAGCUCAGUUAGUGUCCCCAGGGCUCCCAGCAUCAGCCUGUCUACCCUAAGUCCUGCAACCAGCAACCACUCCCAGCACUAUGGGAAUGAAGACAGUAAGAUGGGCUCCACAGUCACUGCCGCUGUUAUUGGGAUCAUUGUGCCCAUAGUGGUGAUAGCCCUGCUGUGCAUGAGUGGAUACCUGAUCUGGAGAAACUGGAAGCGGAAGAACACCAAAAGCAUGAAUUUUGACAACCCAGUCUACAGGAAAACAACAGAAGAAGAAGAUGAAGAUGAGCUCCAUAUAGGGAGGACUGCUCAGAUUGGCCAUGUCUAUCCUGCAGCAAUCAGCAGCUUUGAUCGCCCACUGUGGGCAGAGCCCUGUCUUGGGGAGACCAGAGAACUGGAAGACCCAGCCCCUGCCCUCAAGGAGCUUUUUGUCUUGCCGGGGGAACCAAGGUCACAGCUGCACCAACUCCCGAAGAACCCUCUUUCCGAGCUGCCUGUCGUCAAGUCCAAGCGAGUGGCAUUAAGCCUUGAAGAUGAUGGACUACCCUGAGGAUGGGAUCACCCACUUCGUGCCUCAUGGAAUUCAGUCCCACCCACUACACUCUGGAUGGUGUAUGACUGGAUGAAUGGGUUUCUAUAUAUGGGUCUGUGUGAGUGUAUGUGUGUGUGUGAUUUUUUUUUAAAUUUAUGUUGCGGAAAGGUAACCACAAAGUUAUGAUGAACUGCAAACAUCCAAAGGAUGUGAGAGUUUUUCUAUGUAUAAUGUUUUAUACACUUUUUAACUGGUUGCACUACCCAUGAGGAAUUCGUGGAAUGGCUACUGCUGACUAACAUGAUGCACAUAACCAAAUGGGGGCCAAUGGCACAGUACCUUACUCAUCAUUUAAAAAAUAUAUUUACAGAAGAUGUUUGGUUGCUGGGGGGACUUUUUUAGGUUUUGGGGGGUUUGUUUUUUGUAAAUAAGAUGAUUAUGCUUUGUGGCUAUCCAUCAACAUAAGUAAAAAAAAAAAAAAAAAAAAAACUUCAACUCCCUCCCCCAUUUAGAUUAUUUAUUAACAUAUUUUAAAAAUCAGAUGAGUUCUAUAAAUAAUUUAGAGAAGCGAGAGUAUUUAUUUUUGGCAUGUUUGGCCCACCACGCAGACUCUGUGUGUGUAUAUGUGUGUGUUUAUAUGUGUAUGUGUGUGACAGAAAAAUCUGUAGAGAAGAGGCACAUCUAUGGCUACUGUUCAAAUACAUAAAGAUAAAUUUAUUUUAACACAGUCCACAAGGGGUAUAUCUUGUAGUUUUCAGAAAAGCCUUUGGAAAUCUGGCUCAGAAAACAGAUACCAUGGUUUGUGCAAUUACGUAGUAAAAAAGGCAAUCUUUUCACCUCUGGCCAUUCCUGCGACCCCAGGAAGUCAGGAAAAGCCUUUCAGCUCACACAUGGCUGCUGUGACUCCUACUGGGGCUUUCUUGGCUUUGGCAAAGGUCAGUGUAGAGACAUUCCAUGGUACCAGAGUGCUCAGAAACUCAAGAUAGAAUAUGCCUCACCCUCAGCUACUCCUUGUUUUAAAGUUCAGCUCUUUGAGUAACUUCUUCAAUUUCUUUCAGGACACUUGGGUUGAAUUCAGUAAGUUUCCUCUGAAGCACCCUGAAGGGUGCCAUCCUUACAGAGCUAAGUGGAGACAUUUCCAGAACAGCCCAAGUUUACUAUAGAGACUGGCCCAGGCUCUGAACAUCUGGGACAUGCUGUGGUUGAGAAUAAAGAUGGUGGAAUAGGUUUUAUUACACCUCUUAUUUCUCUUUUCACCUUACUCUCUACCAUUUCCUUUAUGUGGGGAAACAUUUUAAAGUAAUAAAUAGGUUACUUACCAUCAUAUGUUCAUAUAGAUGAAACUAAUUUUUGGCUUAAGUCAGAACAACUGGCCAAAACUGAAGUCAUAUUUGAGGGGGGAAAUGGCAUACACAAUAUUAUAGUAUAUUGGAUAUUUAUGUUCACACAGGAAUUUGGUUUACUGCUUUGUAAAUAAAAGGAAAAACUCUGGGUAUAUGUA